AUGGCCGGCAUCCUCGGCUACACGGAGGACGAAGUCGUGUCGAGCGACUUUAUCUCGGACAAGCGCUCGUCCAUCUUUGACGCCAACGCGUGCAUCGCGCUCAACGACAACUUUGUCAAGCUCGUGUCGUGGUACGACAACGAGUGGGGCUACUCGAACCGCCUCGUCGACCUCGUCUUGCACAUGGCCAGUGUCGACCAGCAGUAA